AUGGCCGACCGGAUGAACUGGGGAGAACCACAUAUGUGUGAGUACCGAGUUCAGAAAGAGGAGAAAGUUAGACUAGAUUUGGAAGCCGAGAAAAUAGAAGGGACAGAGGAUUGCGGGAAUUUGACUGCGGGAAACAAGCCAAUAAAGCACGAAGCAGAGAUGAAACAGCUGGCAGAAGCCCUAAUGCUUCCUAAGAACGUAGCCGUAGUAAAAUGCAAGGGCCACGAAGGGUCAGGAACAAUGGUAGCAAAGGGAAAUCAGGUGGCAGACGAAGAAGCAAAAAGGGCAGCAGGAUACCAGGUGACCAAACAGAUGGUCACGGUUGAGGAGGAAGUUAGGCUGAGUGACAGACUAACCCUAGAGAAAGUCAAGCAAGAAAAGGACAAAGCCUCUCCAGAGGAGAAAACUAUGUGGCUGGGAAAAGGGGGAUGCAAGGAGGGGGGGCUGUGGCAGAAUAAGGAAGGGAAACCAGCCUUUCCCCCUGGCAUUCGCCAGGCAGUUCUAGCAGAGGCUCACGGGGUUGGACAUGCAGGGGUGAGACAGAUGUUAGAAAACUUGACGAUGUGGUGGCACCCGUUUAUGAAAGACAUGGUGCAGGGACACGUCCGAGAUUGUGCGACCUGUACCUUUCAUAACUUGCGACCCACAGUCAAGCCGAAAAAAGGACAGUUUCCAGCAUGCACGAGGUCAGGGGAAGAAAUCAUCAUAGAUUACACAGAUAUGCUUAUUCCAGUGAAGGGGUUCAGAUAUGUGUUGAUGUGUGUGGAUGCAUUCUCAGGGUGGCCAGAAGCAUGGCCCACAAGAAAGGAGGAUGGUGCAUCAGUGAUAAAGUUUCUGAUCAAUCAGUAUAUACCGAGACAUGGGUUUCCCCACAGGAUUCGGUCAGACAAUGGGACCCAUUUUAAGAAUGAAGACCUCCAGAAAGUGGAGAAAGCGUUGGGAUUAAGACAUGCGUUCGGAACUGUCUAUCAUUCGCAGUCCCAGGGAAAGGUGGAGCGAAUGAACCAAACAAUAAAACAAAAAUUGGCAAAAAUCUGUGCACAGACUAAAAUAAAUUGGGUUGACGCUUUACCGCUGGCACUGAUGUCAGUAAGGUGUUCCAUAAACAGGUGGACCGGGUUCACUCCCUUUGAGCUCCAGACAGGCAGGCAGUUCCCAGGACCCCAGAGAGGGCUAUCCUGGACCCCCGACGAAAAGGGGGAGCGAAAUCCGAGGUCAUAUUAUGAUGGUUUGCAAGUUCUCGUUGCAGAUUUCUCCAAACAGAUCCAGGAGGCGAGACCUGGGAAUCAGGCACCCGAACCACACACGGCAGAGUGGGUCCUCCUGAAAGUCGUCAAGUGGAAGUGGUCAGAACCCAGGUGGACCGGCCCCUUCCGAGUUACCGAGAGGACGUCACACGCAGUCCGUCUAAAAGGCAAAGGUGACACGUGGUUCCAUUGGAGCCAGUGUGCAGCUUCAGAGGAGCCUGGCAGGACCACCGCAGAGAUGCAGAGGGACCUCGGAGAAGACACACAGAGCUCUCUAAAGUCUUGA